GUUCUUGAUGGAUUCGUGCAGAGUAGAUCUCAUGGUGAUGACUUCGUUGAAUAUGAAACGUAGCACGUUGUCUAGUCUCUCGCAAGUUCAUAGCUGUUUGACGUACGGGUUCGAACUUACGUGGUUCAGUGUGCUAUGUGGCGACGACUGUCUUAAUUGUUGGUUUAAUGGCGAUCGUGCUACGUGUUCUGAGGAAAAUUGGAUUUUUCGACUCAGAGUGCCAAUUCAGAUCUUCAGUAUUUUUCUCACUUAUCUAUUUCUACCCAAUCUAGCACUGAAGAUCGUAGUUGGAAUGCCAUGCGUGUUUGUGCUUCUGAUCUAUACAUUUCGGAGACGGCAUUUGUCGGUUUUCGAUGCAAUAGAAUGCUUUCUCCGAAGCAACAACAACCUCAAAACAAUUCGCUAUUCCUAUUCGGACAUGAAGAAAAUCACUAAAGGCUUUCGGGAAAAACUUGGCCAAGGAGGCUACGGUUCUGUUUACAAAGGAAAACUUCGAAGCGGCCAUGAUGUAGCGGUCAAAGUACUUGCCAAGCCUAGCUCAAAUGGGCAAGAUUUCAUCAAUGAAGUUGCCACAAUUGGAAGGAUCCAUCAUGUAAAUGUGGUCAAACUUGUCGUGUAUUGUGCAGAAAGAUCCAAACGCGCCCUUGUCUACGACUUUAUGCCUAAUGGUUCGCUCGAGAAGUACAUAUUUAAUAAGGAAAAAAGUCAUUCACUUAAUUUGAAGAGGAAGUACGAGAUUGCAAUUGGAGUGGCUCGUGGAAUUGAGUAUUUGCACAGAGGAUGCGACAUACAAAUCCUGCAUUUCGACAUAAAGCCUCACAACAUACUUCUUGACGAAAAUUUCACACCUAAAAUAUCCGAUUUUGGUCUGGCAAAGUUUUACUCAACAGAUAAUACUACAGUGACUCUCACUGCAGUUAGGGGAACAAUAGGCUAUGUGGCUCCUGAGCUAAUGAAUAGAAGCAUCGGGGGAGUGUCGUACAAGGCCGAUGUUUAUAGCUUUGGGAUGUUGUUGAUGGAAAUGUUGGGGCUUAACAAAGGGACGGGGCCUAAUAUUGAAAACAAAUCGAGCCAAUAUUUUCCGUGUUGGAUUUAUGACCACUUGAAUAAAGGCGAAGACAUUGAAAUUGGAAAUGUGUAUGAAAAUAAUGACGAUGAGGAAAAGGAAGACGAUGAUGAUGCGCGAAAAAUGAGGAGAAAGAUGACGAUAGUUGGAUUGUGGUGCAUACAGAUGAGUCCAACCGAUCGCCCGUCAAUGAGUGAAGUUUUGAAAAUGUUAGAAGGUGAAGAUGAAAAUAUGAUGAUUCCUCCUCAACCUUCACAAUCAUCUGAGAUUCCAAGCUAUGAUGAUCAGACUUGGGGAACUGAAUCCGAAUCAACCGGUUCUGUAGCCUUCCUGCGUAAUGAUUCUUUAAGUUUUCAAUAAGAGUCAUAAAUUAAAAUAUGACAUUAGUAUGAUUGUGGUAUUUGCUAAUAUUAUCUUUGUUUUUUUUUUUUUUUUGAGGAAACUAAUAUUAUCUUUGUUGAUAGUCCUUUAUUUUUGUAUAACUCAAAUUUUAUUUUCUCC